AUUUCUCCAGAGAAAACAAAUACCGAUGUGUACUUUUAAAGACGGUACAGAGCGAAAGAUUUUUUUCUUCACACAGCAUUAUCUUUUUUCCUUGGAAGCAAGUUAAAGACUUACUGACCGUCCGUGUUGGCAGAAUGAAUUUGUUUCUUUCCAUAUUUGGUUUAUUUGUCGAUUGGGAUUUAAAGAGUCUGCUGCUGUUUGCAGUGGUUUUCAUCAUCACUGCGGAUUAUGUUAAAAACCGUCGGCCACUUGGCUUCCCUCCAGGACCCAGAGCUUUACCAAUUGUGGGAAACAUAUUUACAUGGGACCAAAGCAGGCCCCAUGAGAAGCUGAUUGAGCUGGCAAGGACUUAUGGAGAUGUAUACAGUCUAAGAUUUGGUCAGAAAUGGGCAGUGGUGUUAAAUGGACUUGAUGCUAUGAAGGAGGGUUUGGUUGUAAAUGGAGACAGCAUGGUGGACCGCCCGGAACUUGCUUUGCAGGACGAAAUAGGAGGCGGAUUAGGUGUUAUAUUCAGUAAUGGAAACAUUUGGAAACAGCAGAGACGCUUUGCUCUUUCAACCCUCAAGUACUUUGGGUUCGGUAAGAAGUCUCUUGAGCCAGUCAUCCUGGAUGAAUUCAGACAUUGCGCAAAAGAGAUCCGAGGCUAUAAAGGAAAGCCUGUGAAUCCACAUCUCAUCAUCAACAAUGCCGUGUCCAACAUCAUCUGCCAACUGGUCUUUGGUCACCGCUUUGAGUACGGGGAUGAGAAGUUCAUGAAACUGAUGCUGAUGUUUGACAAGGCAGUCCAGAUUGAAGGUUCUAUUUGGGCACAGCUCUACAAUUCCUUUACUCUGCUGAUGAGAUUGUUGCCAGGUCCACAUCAGACCGUCAAACAGAUCUGGGACGACGUAAAGAAGUUCAUACGAGAAGAGCUGAACCAGCACAAGAAGAACUGGGAUCCUUCAAACAGCAAAGAUUACAUUGACUGCUAUCUGCAGGAGAUUGAAACGAAUAAAGCGCAGAAUGACAACACAUUUGAUGAAGAAAAUUUGAUCAUGUGUGUCCUGGAUCUGUUUGUGGCUGGAUCAGAAACCACAUCCACCACCCUGCGAUGGGCAUUUCUCUACAUGGCUAAAUACCCUGAAAUCCAAGAAAAGGUACAAGCAGAGAUUGACAGAGUAAUUGGACAGUCCAGACAGCCCUCUAUGGAGGAUCGUGCCAACCUUCCCUACACAGAUGCCGUAAUCCACGAGAUCCUUAGGAUGAGCAACAUAGUCCCUCUUGCCUUGCCACACUCUACCAACAAGGAAGUCCGGCUAGGAGGUUACACCGUCCCAAAGGAAAUCCUGAUAAUCCCAAAUCUAGCUUCAGUGCUGUUUGACAGGAAAGAAUGGGAAACACCUUUCACCUUUAACCCGGCACACUUCCUGAACGAGGAAGGCAAGUUUGCAAAAAAGACAGCUUUCAUCCCUUUCUCCGCUGGAAAGCGUCUGUGUCUGGGAGAAAACCUGGCCAGGAUGGAACUUUUCCUCUUUUUCACGUCCUUCAUGCAGCACUUCACUUUCUCAAUGCCGGCUGGAGUAAAGGUUGUGAUGGAUUACCGUGCAGGACUCACUCUGGCACCAAAACCUUAUGAAAUCUGCAUAACACCACGCUAAGAGCAAUGUUUUCAUUAUUGUAAAGAAACGCAGAAGCAAAAAACACACCUGCCUUGCCUUUCUCCCCACAAACAUCUCUACACGAGUCAGGAGGAGAGUAACCAAUUUCUGCUGUUUAAAUGCAUACUGUGAAUUUAAAUAAAAAUUGUUUGCUUGUU